AGACUCUGUAUCGCUGGCCGCACUGUGGCUGGCCGGGCCGAUCCGGCAGCUGCGCACACACAAUAGAGCGUGGCUGCAACCAGCCGCCUGGAUCCAGCCACCGGAUCCAGCCGAGCCACACACACACACCACAUGUCUCUGGAGAGAAAAUUUUCUGCAUCCAACAUUCGGAUUGCCUCCGUCGCUCAGAUCGCCACGGCGCCCACAACACCCAUCGAGCGAGACCGCUUGCCGACACCAUCGCCGCCGACUCCACCGCAUAGCCGAUCCACCACCAUGAGCGCCACGUCAUCAGUGAUCCGCGGCCUGCUGCGAGGCAACCGAAGGAAGCCCCUGACGAGCAAGGAGGGCAACAAGAACUACUACAAAGGAAGCGGCUCCGGCAACAUGGGCCGACACACCACCCAAGGUAGACCUGCCGCCAACAACAGCGGCUCGCAGGCCUGGCGGGAGGAGGCCUCGGGAGAGAGAGAGAGAGAGAGAGAGGGAUAAUCGCCGGUGCACCCAGACGAACUGCUCGAUGCAGAGCCAAACCUCAAGCCGGUUGUCCAUGGUCGGCUGGCUUCCUCGACGACUGUGAGGGUGCCGACGCCUCCUCCGUCGCAGGAUCCGUCGCAGGAU